AUGCACCGGUGCAUUCUUCCUCGUCGAACAAAAACGCGGAAACAAAAGAAAUAAUCAGUUUGUCAAAACAAACAACACCGAGUCGGCAUAAAGUGAGCGUAGUCGUCGCUGACAGCUGUCAAAGUUCACACCGCAGCUUCGUUUAACGCGUCUGGAGGAUUUGCCAUGGCUUUGAAACGAAUAAAGAAGGAGUUACAAGACUUAGGGAAGGACCCUCCAGCUCAGUGUUCAGCCGGACCUGUAGGGGAUGACUUGUUUCACUGGCAAGCUUCCAUCAUGGGACCGCCCGACAGCCCAUAUCACGGAGGAGUAUUUUUCCUUUCUGUCCAUUUUCCAACGGACUAUCCCUUUAAACCACCAAAGAUUUCCUUUACAACGAAAAUCUAUCACCCAAACAUCAACAGCAAUGGUAGUAUCUGCCUUGACAUCUUGAGGUCACAGUGGUCACCUGCUCUUACAGUAUCGAAAGGUAACUCAUAUCUUCAUUUUGCCUGUGUGAUAGAGCGUAGUAUAUCACAACAGCACUGUGUAGGAUCUGGUUUGUACCCACAAUUUACUGAAGUCAUGAGGAAACAUGUUUAAGGGUAAAUUAGGAUGUUGGGGAGGAAAUGCCAAAGAUAGGUGAGUUGAAUUCUAUCAAAAUGCGCGUGACAGUGAAGUCCCUUUGGUGAAUCAAUCCACCAAAUCUGCAUUCUUCCAAGUGAAUGAUUUCCAGCCUCUAGGAGCACAGGUAACAGGAUUUUCAAGCCUGAUUAUCCAAAAAUGAACCUCUGCACCCUGUGUGUUUUUGUCACUUUGAAAACUAUGAAAUUGUAGGUUUUGUAAGGUGUAAUUGGAAGAGCAAACAGGGGAAUGUUCAGAUAUCAGUGUUGAAACUAAUGGCUAGAAAUACUUUUUUUUCCCAAAUACCUAAACUAAAAGGAUUUUUGAUAUAAAGAUAUACGAUAUCAAGGUAGGUCCAUUCAUAUUUAUGUGUUUUUUCAUUUUUCUAUACUUGGACUUUACUUGACUUCACUGUUUCUACUGUUUAUUUUAUUUUCCCCUUUAAAUUGGCGUCAUUAUUAUUAAUAUUGGUUGUGGUGAGAUGGCCUUAUGAUACUUUUCUUUUAAGAGAUUUAUAUUGUACAAGACCAUACUGGAUUUAUUUUUCAUCGUUUUGCAUUAAAGACAUUAAUCAGUAA